ACACCAUGAAUGCAGCAUCCAUAAUGACACUAAACAUGGCGACCUGCAUCAGCAUGGUUGCAAAGGCUGGAGGGACUGCACUAACUCUGUUAAACCCUGUAGCCUCACAGUGUUUGAGACAAAGGACAGGUUUGUUUGUGCGCUUUACACACUGGGCACGGAGCAGUUUGUACGAGCAUGUCUGUGAAGGUUACAGUGACAAGCCGGAGCUGGACAUGAGAGCAGUUUGUGAGCAGACCGACAAAGUCAUAGCUAAUGUGGAGAACAGGAAGGGCGACCUGCGAGGGGACGAUGUCAGGAAAAUUGUCUGUGCGUGGCAGGAGCUCCAGGCAGUGAGGACAGAAAUCUCUGGGCUGGAGCAGCAGAAGAGACACGUCAGUGAAACAGUCAAAGCACUGGUGGAGAACAACAACAAGAAAACCCUUGCCAGUCUUCCAGAGUACACCCAGGCUCUGCAGAGGGGUCGGGAGAUCCGCACAAGACUGAAUCAGCUCUUACCCCGAGAGACCGAGCUAGAUCAGGAGUACUACGGGCGAGCGCUCAGACUGCCCAACACCACACACCCUGAUGUGCCAGUUGGAGACGAAAGUCAGGCGAGGGUGGUGGAGUUUGUUGGAGAGAAACCAGAGUUUGACUUUAAGCCCAGAGGUCAUGUGGAGCUGGGGGAGGAGCUUGGUCUAAUCAGGCAGAGACAUCUAGCUCACAUUUCAGGCCACAGGUCUUACUAUCUGAGGGGGACUGGGGCCAGACUUCAGACUGCACUCCAAAACUUUGCAUUUGAUAAACUGCUGCAACGGGGCUUCAUUCCCAUGGUGGUCCCGGACAUGCUGAAGGGGGCAGUGUUUGAGGGUUGUGGGAUGCAGCCUAACGCCCACCGCUCUCAGGUCUAUACACUGGAUCCAGCCCGUUUUCCUGACCUCAACAUGGCUGGCACUGGAGAGGUUGGAAUUGCAGGUUAUUUCAUGGAUCAUGCAGUCAGCUGGAUGGACCUUCCUGUCAGGUCGGUGUGCAGCAGCACCUGCUACAGAGCGGAGACUGACACAGGCAGAGAGACAUGGGGGCUCUACAGAGUUCAUCACUUCAACAAGGUUGAGAUGUUUGGAGUGACAGCAGAUGAAACGGGACAGGAAAGCACCCAGCUGCUGGAAGAGUAUGUCUCUCUGCAGAAAGAGAUUUUUUCUGCACUGGAACUACACUACAGAGUGCUGGACAUGCCGACACAGGAACUGGGUCUUCCUGCACACAGAAAGUAUGACAUCGAAGCAUGGAUGCCCGGAAGGGACAGCUAUGGAGAGAUUUCCAGUGGGUCCAACUGUACAGACUACCAGAGCAGACGCUUAAACAUCCUGUAUGAGAGAGAGGACGGCAGCCUGCAGUACGCCCACACAGUGAAUGCUACAGCGUGUGCAAUCCCCAGAACCAUCAUCGCUAUUCUGGAGACACACCAGACCAAAGAGGGAACUGUGCGUGUCCCCCGAGCCCUGCAGCCUUAUUUAGGUCUGGAAGUGAUUGAGAAGCCAAAAUACGUUCCACUGAAAUACAUCGGACCAAACCAGCACACUCGACCCCCCAGGCCUGCUCCCAAGACCAGAUGACCCAAAUACGAGUGUUGUGCUUUAUAUCUAGCCACCAUCCACAAAAAACAGAGGUGGGAGGCAGUUCACAUUGAGUCUGCCAGAUCAUAAAAAGGAAGAUAUUUAAUACGCAGGAGGAUGUGUCGUACAGUCUGACUGUUUGGAUGAAUGCUAACAUGAUUACAAGGUGAUGGAUCAGCACAUUACAUCAGGGGUUCCCUGUAACUAAAUAUGUUUAUGACUCAAUUUGUCAUAUGCCAUGAAAUUCAAAGCCUGAACAUGUUUUUAUCUCAUAAGGGGGAUCAUUGUCAGGAAUAACAAAUAAAUAAUAUAUCCUGCUAA